AUGGCGGAUGCCGCCUACCUGAUGCGGGACACGGCACCCGGCGAGGCGCCACGCGAGAAGGGGACCGGCCGGCCCGGCCGGCGGCGCGGCCCGCCUGGCGGCGGUACUCGCGCCAUGCUCCUCCUCCUGGUGCUAGCCUUCUUCGCGGCGCUGCUCUACAUGGACCCCGUGUACCCCAGCACGGUGCAGCAGCUGCACCUGCACCUGCGCCUGCCGCAAGUGUCGCAGAACGUGGAGCUGAAGCUGGGGGAGGCCGGCCUGCUGGCCGAGGACAGCGUGCAGCGAGCACUUGCAGCAGCCGUCAGCGGCUCCAGCGCCAGCACCCUGUCAUUCGAGGUGUGCAGCGGCUUUGCCCACCAGCGCGUGGACAUCGUGACAGGCCUGAUCCUCGCCGUGGAGCUCAACCGCACCAUGGUGCUUCCGCGCCUGCUGCUGGAUGGCAGCCAGCCCACCGACGCCCAGGACAGCGAAGACGGGUUUGCUGGCUCUGUCGAGUUUGGGGAGAUGUUUGAUGUGGAGACCUUUACCAGCCGCCUGCAAACCCUGGGUGUGCGCACUGCACUCGGCCCGCCCCCCUCCUCCAAAACUUCGGCCGGGCGGCUGGCCGACUUUGACAGUGUGCAGGCGCUUGGCAGUUUCUAUGCCUCUAAGCAGCACCUCAGGCUGGACUGCCCAGCAUUCCGGGUGCCCGCUGACUUAAUUGUCAAGCACGAGAGCCUGGUGUUUGCGGCCAUGGACGCCAUGCAGCCAUCGCGGCCAUUGCUGGAUAUCAUCAGCAGGGCUGAGGAGCAGCUUCGCAGCAUGAGCAAUACCGGGGCCUUCAACAUUCUCCACCUGAGGGCCGAGGACGAGUGGCUCUUGCAUUGCACCAACUGGGAGAGCAUCGGCGACGGGAUUGUACGCAACAACUGCUUGAACAACACUGCAAGAGUCGGGAAUCAGCUGCGGCUUCAUCGCAUCGACCGGCAGGUGCCACUCUUGCUAUCCAUCAACAAAAUUGAUAUCAGCAACGAUUUAGUUCGGCAAUCAAUGCAAAACCUUGAGGCUCACAGCUACCAGGUGGUUCUGCGUGACGCAGUCUUUGAGCAUGACCUUAAACUGCCUGGCCUCUCACGGGAGGAAAUUGCACUGGUUGAUUACUACCUGGCGCUCGGCUGCCAGCAGUUUGUGGGCAACAGCGUAUCUGUGUUCAGUGCGCUGCUCAUUAUGGAGCGUUGGCAUGCGGGGCGGUUUGCCACUUAUUACAAUGGCGGCAACAUCCCGCUGGAGGCCUUCAUGCCGCUGUACCAGAUGCCCUGGGUGUUCACGUACAACGAUUGGUCGGCGGGCACCGAGUAUGAUUAUAUGGUGAAGGCGGCUGUGACCUCUGGCAUCGAGGUGGCCCGCAUGAAGCCGUACUGCAUGUACAGCGGCAGCACGUCUGCGGAGAUGUACCAAUGGUUCCUCAGCAAAGGAGUCACCAUCAUCCAGCACGAGCCAGCGUGGCGGGAUGCCCUGAUCAAGGAGGGGGCACGCCACAAGGAGCAGAACCUGGUACACUCCCACCUCUACAAGACCGGGGGCACCCUGGUGGGCACCUUCCAGCGCAUCGACAUCCCCAUCCUGCGCCAGUUUGACCAGUACAACUAUGUGCUGUUCACAGACUGCGAUGUUUACUUCCGCCAGCAGAUGAAGCUGGUGGACUGGGGCACGCCGCUGCCCACGGCCGUGGGCAUGGGCUUUGAGGGGCAGGACAUUUUCCCCUACAAUGCCGGCAUCAUGCUGAUGAACAUGCCGUACAUGCGCAAGACCAACAAGAAGUUUCUGAACUGGAUCGUCUCACAGAGGAAUGGGCUGUACUACCCAGGAUAUGGGCCGCUUGACCAAGGUGCUCUGAACCAGUUUUAUGAGAAACAGGUCAAGGGCCUGCCGAUCAGCAAGAACUUCAACGCAAUGAUGUUCCACCAGUUCAGGCCUGAUGCGCGCAUCGUGCACAUGAACGGGCCCAAGCCCAACCACUACCUGGAGUGGCUGGAGAAGGGAGUCUGCGCAUUUGGCGACAUGUGCAAAAUGGGCGUCAGCAAUGGCGUGUGCCAGUACAUCGCCGAGUACCUCCAGUUUACGCCGGACUGGGAAAUUCCCGCCGAGCUGCACAAGCUGUGCAGCAGCGGCGCAGCAGCCAAGCAGGUGCCAGUGCAGCGAGCAGCAGCUGUCACGCAGCAGAAGGGCAUACACGUGGCCAGGCUGCAGCAACCGACAACCCAGCUUGCAGUUGUGCGCCAAGAAGAGGAGGACGAGGAUGCCGACUUGGAGGAGGUGGAGGAGGCGAUGCAGGAGGAUGAGGAUGAGCAGGAAGUGGUGGUCAGGGCCUUGGCUGUGUCCCUCGUUGCGGUGCUACUGAUGUGGGCCCGGUACCAGCAGACCAUCAGUUUGAGCGGCGCCGCCAAGGGUCGGUUGCAGUCCAGGUCUGGAGGGCAUGGCACUGCCACUGGCCAAGCCAACACGGCGUCAUCGCUGCAGCCUGCGGAGAAUGCAUUCACAAUGCAGUUUGAAGUCUGCAACGGCUUCACCAAUCAGCGCAUCGCCCUAUUGUCAGGGCUGGUGCUGGCAGCAGCAGCGAAGCGCAGCGUUGUACUGCCCGAGUUCUUGUUGAAUGGAAUGCAGCCUGACGACAUGAAGACCGUGACGGCAGACAAAGCUGAAACCGUGCCGUUCCGGAUUGCCUGCCCUGCAUUCCGCUUACCGGGUGCACUUGUCAAGAAGCAUGGGGCGCUGUUGCAUGCAGCCGUCGAGGGGCUGCGGCCCUCUGAUCGCUUCCAAUCCAUCAUAGCAGCCUGGCGGCAGCAGAUCGAGGCCAAGUCGGGGUCGAUAGCUUACAACCUGAUCCACCUGCGUGUGGAGAAGGAUUGGUUUGCGCUCUGCAAGAUGUGGGAAAACCCAAGCGAGGGGCGGAACAACUGCAUGAACAACACUGCCACAGUUGGCAAGCAGCUACAGAAGCACGGGUUUGAGCCACAGGUCCCCGUGGUGGUGGUGACAUCUUUCCCAGAUGCCGUCCCUAAUGCGCUGGACACCUCGCUGAAGUCCAUCAAGUCCAGCAAGUACAAUGUGGUGCUGGGCAGCGAGCUUGUGCAGUUGGGAGAGGAACUGUCGCGGGAAGAGAAUGCGCUGGUGGACUACUACCUUGGGCUGGAGGCUGAGAAGUUCACGGGCAACUCGGUGUCGACCUUCACAGCCUUCCUCAUUCUAGAGCGCCGUUGGCUGGACAGGCAAUCGGCGCAUUACAACGGCGGCAACAUUCCGCUUAAUUCAUUUUUCCCAUUCUUUUGAGAAAUGUGUAAACCCAGGCAACAGG